UAUCACUCCACUGUUCCCCUUCUUCCUCAAACCCUCGCCUGCUACUUGGCUUCUCCCUCCCCGCCGCCACUCUACAGGCAGAGCUCGGUUUAGGUCCGGCGUGAUCGAGACCAACCAAAAUUGUGGGUGACCGAGCGGAGAGCGGAGAGGCCCGAGAUGCCCCUUCCCCACGCCCCGUGGCAGAGACACUUGGAGGACUUGCCCAGCAUUUCUUUGAGCGUGCUAGGAGGCCUUCAUGAAUACCAACGCGUGAUGGGCCUUAAAAAAGAUAGGGAGAGACGUAUUGGUUUGGUUGAUUUCAGACAGGUGCCAAUGACAUCCAGGAAACACCCUCAGGGAGGACUGACCUACCAUAUAAUCAGACUGGAGAACCCAGAUCGACCUGGCAUCUAUGCAGAGCUGCUGAUAUGUGAUCAGAAUCAGUACUUGCUGGCUUUUCGCCGGCGUGUGGGUAAUGUUUGGAGUGACUGGUUUUACUUCAAGGAUCAGGAGAAGAACAUGCCGGCAUACCUACGCAAGACAGCUCUGAACUUUGGGGGCAGACACACUACAACAACAACAAUCCCGACAGGAGAAAUCACUGCUUUUCUUGAUAUCUAUCAUGUGCUCAUUGAUCCGGCAUCUACUGAUGUAGCGUUGAGGAGAGCGCUCCUACGUGCAAUCAUACUUUUCUGUGAGGCAACGAGGAUCGAGUGUGUAUUGGAAGACAUGGAGGGCAAGAUGCUGUACACUGUCCAACAAGCUUUGGCAGGCUUGUUGUGGAAACGCAUCAGGAAGUGGAAGAAGAUGAGCAAUUACGGCUUGCAUCAAAGAAACAAGGUGCUAGUCCAAGGUGGAGAUGGUGUGGAAGAGGUUCAGCCGGGACAGCAGGAUGCGGAAGAGGAAGAGGAAGACGAAGAUGCUCUAGAAGCUGAGCUACUUGGUUACCUGGAAGAGUGUGAGAUUUACAACCUUGACCAGGCCAUCGGGCCACAGGGCCAGCUUCGACUGAUUCUUCUCAAUGAUGAGCACUACCAGCACUAUGGUCAGGUUCUGCAGUUCCCAGGUAACUACCAGGACAACUUCCGUGGUGGGCUCGUUUAGAGCGUGGAGCCUUGAUGAUGUAGGUGGCCAAGUAGAGCAACAAUGCUCUGUUUUUUUGGUGUCUGGAAACGCUCUCUUGGAGGCGUACGGCGUAAUCAGAGCGAUGAUUCGUGAGGCACGACAGUUUUGCCGAGGAAUAGUUUGAGACUUGCAA